AUGCACAGCAACACUCUCGUGGGCCUCCUCGCCUUCACGGCAGCCGUCAAUGCCGCUCCCCAAUGGGGCGGCUGGGGUCCUCACGGAGGCAACGGUGCUGGCUCUCGCUCAUCCGUCCAGAACAUGAAAGACAAGAUCAAGAACGUGGUGGUUUUGGUCAUGGAGAACCGCUCGUUGGACAACCUCCUCGGUGGACAGAAGAUUCGUGGAUUGGACAACCCCAUCAACAACGGACCGUUCUGCAACCCGUUGAACUUGACCAACCCAAAGGCUGGAUAUGCUUGCAGUCAGGCUUCAGACUUUGAUUCAGUCAUCGACGACCCGGAUCACGCUGUCUACGGUAACAACAUUGAGUGGUACGGUACUUUCACUCCAGACAACAACGCUAUCAGCUCUGGAAGGCUGCAGCCUCACAUGCAAGGGUUUGCACAUGAGGAAAUCAGGUCGUACCAGGCAAAAGAGGCCAACCACACCUUCCUGGCCCAGCAAGUCAUGAACUACUACACCGAGGAGCAAGUCUCGGUCUUGACUGCCCUGACCCAGAACUUUGUGACCUUCAACCACUGGCACUCCGACAUUCCAGGCCCAACGAACCCCAACCGUGUUGCCCUGCACUCCGGCACUUCGGCUGGUCACGGUGCCAACAACUUCGCGUACGGCUCCAUGAUGCAGCGCUCCAUCUUCCAGGAACUCUCCGAGACGAACCACACCUGGAAGAACUAUGUCACUGAUACCUCUGAGGAAGACGCUCUUUGGUUCAACUGGACCUACACCUCGGGCAACACCAAGCUCGUCGUGCCAUUGGCCAACUUUGCUUCCGACGCUGCUGCUGGCAAACUCCCUGAGUUCUCCGUCAUUGGCCCAUCCUGCUGUGGUGUUGGCACUACUUCUAUGCAUCCCCAAGGUCUCGUCUCUGAUGGCGAGCAGCUGAUCAAGGACACUUACGAGGCUCUCCGUGCCAGCCCACAGUGGAAGCAAUCCGCUCUUCUUAUUACCUUCGAUGAGACCGGUGGUUUCCACGACCACAUCCCACCACCACUCGCUGCCCGCCCAGACGACCUGACUUACACAGCCACGACCCCUGACGGCUCCAACUACACGUUCCAAUUCGACCGCCUGGGUGGCCGUAUGCCAACUUGGUUGAUCUCUCCAUGGGUCCAGAAGGGAUACGUCGAGCAGAAGGGCACCAACAGCGACGGCCAGACUGCAUCCUACGCCGCAAGCUCCAUGCUGCGCACGCUCGGAUACUUGUGGGAUUUCCAACCAUUCACUCCCCGUGUUGAGACCAGCCCUUCGUUCGAUGCCCUCAUCCAACGCACGUCGAGGUCCAACACCCCCAAGAUCCUUCCAGAGGUCUACAAGUGGUAA